AUGGCUUUGAAGGAGGCGGGCGGCAGCAUCCUGCCCAUCAGCGACAUGGUGUCGGGACCGUCGGUCUCGCCGUUCCCCGAGGUGGUGGAGCUGAACGUGGGGGGCCAGGUGUACGUGACGAGGCACUCCACGCUGCUCAGCGUCCCGGACAGCACGCUGGCCACCAUGUUCUCCCCGUGCCGGGGCGGCCCGGCGGCGGCACGCCAGCUGCCAAGGGACAGCCGGGCGCGCUUCUUCAUCGACCGCGACGGCUUCCUCUUCAGGUACGUGCUGGAUUACCUGCGGGACAAGCAACUGGCGCUGCCCGAGCACUUCCCCGAGAAGGAGCGGCUGCUGCGGGAGGCCGAGUAUUUCCAGCUGGGGGACCUGGUGAAGCUGCUUUCGCCCAAGGUCACCAAGCAGAGUUCGCUCAACGACGAGGGCUGCCAGAGCGACCUGGAAGACAGCAAUUCGCAGGGCAGCAGUGACCGGCUGCAGCGGUCGGCGCUGGACAAGCGCUCGGGUUUCCUCACCGUGGGCUACCGCGGCUCCUACACCACGGUGCGGGACAACCAGGCGGACGCCAAGUUCCGCCGCGUCGCCCGCAUCAUGGUGUGCGGCAGGAUCGCCCUGGCCAAGGAGGUCUUCGGAGAGACCCUCAACGAGAGCCGCGAUCCCGACCGCCCUCCCGAGAAGUACACCUCCCGUUUCUACCUCAAAUUCACCUAUUUGGAGCAAGCCUUCGACCGGCUUUCCGAGGCGGGCUUCCACAUGGUGGCUUGCAACUCCACCGGCACUGCCGCCUUCAUCAACCAGUACAGGGACGACAAGAUCUGGAGCAGCUAUACUGAGUACAUCUUCUUCAGGCCCCCCCAGCGAACCAUCUCCCCCAAACAAGACCACGAAGAAAGGAAACACGACAAAGUCUUGGACAAGGGCAGCGAAAGUGGGACUUCUUGUAACGAGUUGUCCACCUCGAGCUGUGACAGCCACUCAGAAGCAAGCACCCCUCAAGAAAAUGCCACCAGCACUCAGCCAUCCACAGCCCACCAGCCAAAUACUCUGACUUUGGAUCGUCCCUCCAAGAAGGCGCCGGUGCAGUGGAUGCCGCCGCCAGACAAACGCAGGAACAGUGAACUCUUUCAAACUCUCAUUAGCAAGUCCAGAGAAACAAACCUUUCCAAAAAGAAGGUAUGUGAGAAGCUGAGUGUUGAGGAAGAAAUGAGAAAAUGUAUCCAAGAUUUUAAAAAAAUCCACAUUCCAGAUUACUUUCCAGAGCGCAAACGUCCCUGGCAGUCUGAACUCUUACAGAAGUAUGGGUUAUAG